CUCAGAAUAAAAUUAAUAGAUUUUUAGUAAAAAUGUCUACUGCUCCAGACAAGGAAGUUCCGGCGGGGUUUAAGAUCUUAAACGAAGGUCAAGCAUGGAUUUUGUAUCAUCAAAAAGAUAGCAAACGUCAGAAAACUACUGAGCUAGAGGAAGAGAAGGUGCCUCAAGAAGAGGAGAAGAAAGCUCCUAAGAAACUUCAAAAGAUGAAUCGCACAGAGAAGAAUGAGACCAGAGACACAGUGUUUUAUAACCCUGUUCAAGAGUUUAACAGAGAUUUAUCCAUUCUGUGCAUCACAGAGUACGGAUCUCAGCUCCAGCAGAGGAGAGAAAAAAAGGAUUGAUGGAAAGGAAUCAAAGUUUUAGAAGCUUUAGCAGCAACAGGUCUCAGAUCUUGAAGAUACAUGAAAGAAAUUGGAGUGGAUAUUCAGAAAAUCCUCUCAAACGAUUGGGAUCCUGAAGCAGCAGAGCUAAUCAAGAAAAAUUUUGCAUAUAAUGAUAUUCCUGAGGAGAAAACAGAGGUGACAGCAAUGGAUGGAAUUGAUUUAAUGUACGAAAGGAGAAAACUCAAGGAUUUGUAUGAUGUUAUUGAUCUUGACCCAUAUGGAACAGCCUCUCCUUUCUUAGACUCAACAAUCCAGGCUAUUGAGAACGGAGGGCUUCUAUGAGUAACGUUCACAGACACUGCUGUACUUUGCACUUCAAAACCUCAUGUCUGAUACUAUAAAUAUGAUUCUGUUGCUACACAUAAGAAAAAUUGCCAUGAAUACGCUUUGAGAAUGGUGCUUCAUACGAUUGCUUCCAUAGCAAAUAGAUAUCAAAAACAAAUCUUUCCACUGCUUUCUCUCACAGCAGAUUUUUAUAUUCGUCUGUUCGUCAGAAUAGGGAGCGAAGAAAAAUCAGUUCUACACUGCCACGAUAGCAUAAUAAACACUUCAUACGUAUUCCAAUGCAACGGAUGCCAGAACUAUUAUCUUCAUAAUGUAGGAAGAAGCAGCUCCAAGCAUGAUAAGAAGGAGAAAAAUUUAACCAAAGAAGAGCAAUCCAAGAGGGAUCACAAUCACAAUACCAAAUACUCUCUGAACCCAGUGUCUAUUCCUACUAAAUGAGAAGUAUGAGAUUCCUCAAUGGUCAUUGGAGGCCCAAUAUGGACAGGAGAGAUCCAUGACAAUGGUUUCAUCAAUUCUCUCCUUGAAAGAACAGAGGAUUGGAAACACCUUGGAACUUACAAGAGAAUCAAAAAGACUCUUGAAGCUAUCCAGAAGGAAAUGAGUAUUGGAAAUUAUCCUCUUAGCAUGGACUACGAUAGACUUAACUCAGAGAUUAGGGCUUCAUCUAUUCCUAAAAAGGCGAUCUAUUCUGCUUUUAGAAGCUUGGGAUAUGAACUUGUUCAAACAUACUAUAAGCCAAACUUAUUUAAAACCAAUGCUCCACACAAAGUGAUCUACGAUAUAUUCAAAGCCUGGAAAAUGAAAUGAAUAGAGGGAACAGAAAAAGAUAUUACUGAUAAAUGAUCAGACAUUGCCAAGUCUAUUCUCAACAAACCUAUUGAAGUAGAACCAGACUUUGAAUUCAAAUCAAAAGAAAUUGAAGCUGAUCUUAAAAAGAACAAAGUAAAGUACUCCCAUAAUCCUCCUGGAUGGGGUCCAGGAACCAGAGCCACUAACAAUGCUCAAAAUCCUAAAGUGAAGAAGGCUGAUAAGAAAGCCCAAGAAAAAGUAGAAGAAGAAAAUGAAAAAAUGAGUGAUUAAACAAUGUAGC